AAUGAGAAGAGCACUUAUUUUAAAUAUGGUACGGAGUUAUAUUUUCUUCGAAUUCAAAUUUUUGUGAAGAACACUGCUCCAUAUAUUACACCUAUUUCAAUGCAAUUUUUCACUAAACUCAAACAUCAGAAAGAAAAAAAAAUUCUUUGGUUUCAAAAACUUCUAGUUGGGUUUUCAGACUUCUUGAGGUAGAGGUCACUUAGUGACUAUUCUCUUCGUUCCAGAUGACACUUACGGAAAAGAGAUGUCAGUUGCAAUCCAAGAACCGAGCGAGAAACCAUUUCGUGUACCUGGCUAUGCAGGAUACGUGCCUGGCCUAAAGUAUUCAUUUGGACACACUUAUGGAUAUGCUGAAAGCCAACUCUUUAAAUCUCAACAUCCAGGGAACAGAAAAGGGUCGAAUCUCUUGGAAAAACUAACACCUGCUGAAGCUCUUCGGUCUCCUGCAUUUCAUGCUGUUGAAAGCGCUUGCCUUGAAAGAAAUAACGUGCACCAGAAAUUAUCAAAAUUUCCUGAAAACCAAAGAAAAGUACAGUGGACGGACACAAAUGCUCAGCGACGUGCUAUGCAAACAUCGAAUGCUGAAACCCAGCAGCAAGAUGUUGCCAUCCAAGUCCCAAGUGAAGGAAGUGUGGAAGAAGAUGAAGAAAGAGAAAGAUUACGAAGUGCUGCAACACAAUGGAGCGACCCAGACACAUACAAGAAAGGGAAACAUAAUGCUGCAACUCAGUGGUCGCCUAUUGAUAUUUUUCCUCUGAAAUCUAUCCCAGGGUAUACAGGUCAUUUACCGGGAAGACAGUAUGUGAAUCCUGGCAAGACGUUUUCCCAAGAAGUAGAUACUCUGUUAACAACUUUUCACCCGAAAUCAGCAGCAGUACUUCCAAUAUCUAGGCAUCAUUUCACUUCAGCACUGCAACAAAUAACGGAAAAGAAACAGAAGGACGACCCAUACUUUGACAACAGACCACCUUCAACGUAUGCGAAUAAUUAUCCUAUACCAGGAUACCAAGGCUUUGUUCCCCGUGUACGAACAUCUACUUCUUCCUUAGGUAUUCGAUACAUAAAAGCAGUUGAAAGAAGUCUUCAUUCUCUACAUGAACAAAAAAACCGUCAGAAAAAACAAGAAGGAACUGAUGAAGAUGAUACGGGAAAUUCUCCCAAAAAACUGCUUGAUAAACGACCACUUCACACACCAAGACACAGACCUCAACCAAAACAACGGGAUUCGGACGAGAAUGAUUGGAGACUUAUUUAUAAAAGACCUCCAUCUACGUAUCUUGAUAACGUUAAAACGUAUAUUCCCGGGUAUAAAGGUUAUAUUCCACAUCUGAAGGCAUCCCCCAAUGCAGUGGGUGUUCGUUAUAGCAAAGCAGCUAUCAGGUGUCUUGAAGCGAGUAAACCUUCUAAUAAAUUAGAGCAAUCCAAUUCCAAAUUGCAACCAUCAAAGGUGCAGGCGCACACAGCUCAAGCGCACACAGUUCAUACGCAAACAGCUAUAUCACUACCAACUCAGGCUUCCGCUAAAACUAUAGAAAACAAAGAAGUAACACCUCUAGACUUGGAACAGAAAUAUGAAGAUGAAAUCAUAGACAAUAAAGAAAAUGCUGUUGAUCUAGAUUCCGACAGCUCUGUCGAUGGCGAAACUGAAGAAAUGAAUGCAGAAAAGGAUAACCGUAUUCAACGAAGAACAACUUCAGAACGGCCGUAUAGGGAAGAACUUUCAGACUUUCUAAAACAUAGAAAACCAUCUACUUACAGAACUAAAGAACGCACUCCUAUACCUGGAUAUCAGGGAUUUGUACCACGCCUGAGGGACUCCCCAACUACUCUAGGGCUUCGAUAUACAAAGGCAGCUCUCAAAACUCUUUCAGAUAUACACAAAAACAGAUCAUAACAUAAUUAUUCAAGGAAUUUUCCUUUCUAGGAUUUUUUUAUAAAUACCAGAUUAUUGAAGGAAAUUUGGAAACAAAAAACACUAAAAAUUAUUUAACUCUCUUUUUAUUCACAUAAGUACUAAAACUUGGGGCCAUGUUUAGUUGGCAUAGGUAAUUUGGUAUUCAUAGGUAAGUAAUAUCAUUGCAUUUCAAGGUAUUGUUUAUAUAAGGAUUACAGUACCCACUACGGUGAACGAUAAAAAUUAUAAAUGGAAUUAACAACUAAAUCUUACAUUAAAUAUACAAUGUUUCUCAUGAAUGUAAAUAGUAAUAAAGUAAAAUAGUAAUAAAAAACUAAUAAAGUAUUAAACUUUUCAGUUUAUUAGAGAUGCAUUACUAAAGCAUCGAAUUAAAAUAGCUAACGCGAAAUAAAAUGUAUCUGUUUAAAAGUACAGUAGAGGAAAAAAAUAAUAAUACUGCCAGAAGCAAAUAAUAUUCAAAGUUAUUUGUAAAUCUGGUAGAAUUACGUUUCAUUUAAACGAGAAAUAUUAUACAAUAUUAAAAAUUUCUCACAAAGGAUUCAUUCAAAAUUAACUAUUUUAGGGAAAAAAGGAAACAAGUACAAGCUUUAAAUUAAAUUUCUUUUCCUCAGAAUAUUUUUGAUGAAGAAAAAUACACUAUGUAAUGUAAAUUUCCAUUUUAUGAAAUAAUUGUUGCUUUUUACUGAUUAAAUGUACUUCAUGUAAUCACAUUAUUGUUGUAUAUAAUCAUUGACAACAUUUUAUUCAUAAUAUAUAAACCUUCAUAUGAUCAACGAAUUUAAAUAAAUAUAGUGUCAUUGAAUUAAAACAUUGCUUGAAAUUUCACCCAAAUCAUUGAUAUCGUUUCUUAAAUAAACUCUUAAAGUCAUUUGUUUUCUUGUUCUGUGGACAUACUUCGUAUCAAGAGUCUGUUGAGACCACAGAGGCAGAUUUUGAAUCGGACAGAAAAAGAUAACUUGAGCGGGAAUUCGCUCUUCCUAAAUUUUGAUAAAAAUCUCUACUCAUAUCGCUAUUAAACAAAAAUGUCAUAUCAUAUAUUUAGCAUUAAAUAAUUUCUGCUGACAUUUAACAUUUUGACAUAUUUUCUUCCUGCCAAGACGUCUAAAUUUAAAACUUUCGUUGCAUAUCUACUUUUAAAAAUUUGUAUUAAUGUUCUUAAAAAAUUAAUUACUUUAAAAACUUAGCUUAAACAUAUGUACAAAUCGUAAAUAGUUCGUGCAUUAGUUUAAGAAAGCAUUUCACUUAUUAGCGUUGUAAUUAAUUAGGAGUAUAUAAAAAAGAAACAGAAAUACUUUAUUGCGUAAUAGGUUGUAGCUUUCCUUUCAUCAUAUAUUAUGGGUUCAAAAUGAAAUUGUUUCUUCAGGCUCUAAAUAUACCUCAGUAUCUGCAUGUAUUUAAUAGCAGAAGCAGUGCAUUAUCGGCAAGCAUAGAUUGUACUAAAAAGUUUUCUACUCAUGAUACAGCUACUCUUGAACUUUCGUGUAAUAAGUUUUAUUCCAUCGUAUGGAGAGUUUUCUCUCAUAGUGCUAAUAAUUGCUUACGUAAAGUGAAAAAAAAUUACUAGUUUUCAGAUUAUUACUUUUUAUAAAUAGAGAGAUUUUUCACAAAUGCUGAAAAACGUCACAUUUUAAGUAAUAUUCAAUUUACCAUUGCAUUUAAUUUAAGAGUUUUUAAAAUAAGACAUGAGGAUUACAUCAAUUACGAGUAUAAGAAAAGUAGGAAGUUUUUGUCUCUAAUAACGUACAAUUUCUGUUUACAGUUCCACAACUGAGAUUCAGAUUUGAAAAGACUACGAAAUACAUUUUCCCUUUUACACAUUUUCAUUAUGAGGUAUUGAUAUUCUAAUAGCUAAUCUUAAAGUAUAAUUUUAGUGCGUUUCCUACAAUUUAUAAUAAAGUUGAAAAUAAUUAAAACAAUACUUCAAAACAAAGUGCCACCAAGCUUUAUUAGCAAAUAUUACGAACACUCUAACAUUUUUGAUCUCAUGUAACAACACAUUCCUUUCAUUUAUUUCUUGCAAAAAUUCAUAAAAUGAUAAAAUUAAUUAAAAUAUUGAGACAAAUUAAAUAUACAAACUUAUUUGCUAGGCUAAUGAGAGCAGAAAAACAAGCUGCAGUUAAGCGUACAAAUGCAAUCAUUCCCAGCUAUAUAUCAUCCGAAAGGAACCACAACAAUAAAUAAAUUAAUUAAUUAAAUUAAAAUGUAUCUUUCCUGGAACAGAAAACAUUUGAAAAGUGUUUUUGAUUUCAGCUACUACACAGCUUCGUAUGAUUUACGAAAAUGAUUCUUUCCUUGUGAAUAUUUUAUACCCUACUACUCUUUUAUGAUAAUUCUGACUUUCAUAACAACAGGGAUACAAUUGUUUGUAAAUGAAAAAAUUUUAUUUUUCUCAUAAUGAAUCAAUAUUGUAAGAGUAUCGUGUAUAUACUCUAUCAAAAAUACAAAAAGCUCGACUACGCCUAUUGAAAGUAAGCGUUGUUUGAAGCAUUUCGUACAUAGUUAGAACGUCAAAGAGAAAAAAAGCAUUAAGAAGCAUCUACAAAAAAUUAAGCGCUCAAAUACUUGGCGUCCAAGUUGCUGUCGCCUCCAGUCAUGAAGAAGUAUCUGUGAGAUAAAUAUUUCGACUCUUGUCUUAUUAAUGCCAUGCAUACACAUUUGUAAAAAAGGAUAGCAAUACAAUAGUAACAGUACAGAUAUAUUGUAUAU